AGGUGGGCGGAAUCUUUCGGUAACCAUCUUCAUGGUUGUAUGUGCCAGUGGAAAGAGGAGGAGUAAGCCGGCGGCGGAAGGGAAUCUCCCGCCAUUUUUCAAUCCCUUCUUUCUCUUUUUUGUGUGCAUUACCAGAGCGGGAAACCGGCUGGGGGCUGGAAGUGACAGGCGGGACUAAACAUCCACUGAGGAGGGAAGGAGCCCCGGCCUAAGGCUUAGGGCAGCUACCGCUGUCUCCACACGCACGCAGCCUCUCGCCUUGUUCCCGGGAUGGCGCCGCUGCUGGGCCGCAAGCCUUUCCCUUUGGCCAAGCCGCUGAGCGAAGCACCUCCCGGCGAAGGCGAGGAGGAAGUGUACAUCAUAGAGCACAGCAAGGAAGCCUUCAGGAGCCGAGAAGAGUAUGAGUCACGCCUGGAGCGCUAUGCAGAGAGAAUCUGGACAUGUAAGAGUACAGGAAGCAGUCAGCUGACUCACAAAGAGGCCUGGGAUGAGGAGCAGGAAGUUACAGAAUUAUUAAAAGAGGAAUUCCCAGUAUGGUAUGAGAAACAGGUGUUGGAGAUGGUUCAUCAUAACACCAUUUCCUUGGACAAGUUGGUAGACCAGUCCUGGAUGGAGAUCAUGACUAAAUAUGCUGAUGGAGAAGAGUGUGACUUUGAGGUUGGGCCAGAAAAGUAUUUGCGUGUAACAAUUGUUAAAGUGCACCCAUUAGAGAAAGAGGAACAGGCUUCUGAGAAAAAGUCUGAGGGUUCUUGUGACUCUCCAUCCAGUGACAAAGAGAACUCCAACAAGGUGGCUCAGGACAUCCAACUGAAGGAGGAGAGUAAUAGGCGGGAAAGCUUGAGUAGCUUAAGGGAAAGUGACCGAGCACGACGUUCACCACGUAAGCUUCCUGCAAGUUUAAAAAAAGAAGAGAAAAAGUGGGUCCCACCUAAAUUCCUUCCUCACAAAUAUGAUGUAAAACUUCUCAAUGAAGACAAGGUAAUCAGCUUUGUUCCUGUUGACAGUCUGUAUCGCUCAGAGCGCCCCCCGAACAAAGAAAUCCUUAGAUACUUCAUUCGACAUAAUGCACUCCGCCUUGGCACUGGAGAGAAUGCACCUUGGGUGGUAGAGGAUGAACUGGUGAAAAAGUAUUCUCUACCAAGCAAAUUCAGUGAUUUCUUAUUGGAUCCACAUAAAUAUAUGACUCUAAAUCCAUCAUCAGCAACAAAAAGGAAGAGUCUGGGAUCCCCUGACCAUAAACCAGCUAAGAAAAGUAAAAAAUCACCACUUAGCCCAUCAUCGUGGUGUCAGGUGAACCUUAAGAAAACGGGGAUUACCAGUUCCUCUUCAGAAGAAGAAAUGCAGUUAAUGAAUGGUGCAAACUUAAACAAAAAAGGCAAGAAAUCGGACAAGAAGAAACCUAAAAGUGGCAAGUCACAGCUACUGAAUGGCCAAAAAGUUUCUGGCAAGGCUCGCUCUCCUAAAAAAGGGUUAAAGAGCCCAAAGUUAAAGCAAAUGACCUUAUUGGACAUGGCAAAAACAACUCCAAAAGUGUCCCGGGCCCAAAAAGGGGGUGCAAGCACACCUAGGUCAAGCAGCAAACCCCACAAAUACCUACCCCCUGCUGCUCUCCACUUAAUCUCUUACUACCGUGACAACAAGAACCGUGAAGACCGUAAAAGCGCUCUGUCUGCACUGAUUUCUAAGGUGGCUCGAAUGCUGUCUGCUGAAGACCGCAAAAGGCUGCCUGAUGAGCUUCAAGAACUAGUUCAGAAACGCUAUGAACUGCUUGAACAUCGCAAGCAGUGGGCAGUGAUGACAGAGGAGCAGCGUCAAGAAUACAUGAGCAAAAAGCGUGAGGCGUUAAAAGCCCGUAUUAAGGAGAAGGCUCGGGAACGGAAACAGAAGGAGAGAGAGGAACGUCUGGAAAAACAAAAGCGAUAUGAAGAUCAGGAGCUCACUGGUAAAAGCUUACCAACUUUCAAACUUGUAGACACCCCAGAGGGACUACCAAAUGCUUUGUUUGGGGAUGUAGCAAUGGUGAUAGAGUUUCUCAGUGGCUAUGCAGACCUGCUGCUACCAGAUGGGCAGUACCCAGUGACUGCAGUAUCCAUAAUGGAAGCUCUUGCUGCAGAGAAGGGUGGAUUCAUGUACCUUAACAGAGUACUUGUUGUGCUACUUCAGACACUCCUGCAGGAUGAGAUUGCUGAGGACUAUGGUGAACUUGGCAUGAAAUUAUCAGAGAUUCCUCUCACAUUACACUCUGCCUCAGAGUUGGUUCGCCUUUGUUUACGUAAAUCUGAUUCUCCAGCGGGGGAAAGUGAAUCCACAGAAAAAGAAGAUGAAGAUAGUGAGGGAUCUGCUGUCUACCAAGAUGACGAGGUGGAAGAUGAGUAUCUUGAGAAGAUGGAGACGUCGGAGUUUUUUGAAUUAACAACAGAGGAGAAACUUCAUAUCCUGGUUGCUCUCUGCCAUCGCAUUCUAAUGACUUACUCUGUGCAAGAUCAUGUGGAUACAAAACAGCAACGUUCAGGUGAACUGUGGAAAGAAAGGCUGGCUAUACUUAAGGAGGAAAAUGAUAAGAAACGGGCUGAGAAACAGAGACGAAAAGAACAGGGAAGUAUGAAGCCAAAGGAGGAAGUGGUGGCUUCAAAGGUUGUGAAAAAGCAAGAGAAGACUAACACCAUGCAACAGGAUAAUGAUACAGAAGACAUGAUCAGCGCAGUAAAGAGCCGGAGGCUGCAAGCCAUACAGGCCAAAAAGGAAAAGGAAGAACACCAGAAACUAACAAAAGAACGAUUGGAAAGGGAGGCAGAAGAAGAGCGAUCCCGCAAGCAGAAAGCAUCGGCUGAGAAAGCAUUUCAUGAAGGCAUUGCAAAAGCAAAAUUAGUUUUGAGAAGGUCUCCACUUGGCACAGACCGCAACCACAACAGGUAUUGGCUGUUCUCAGAUGAAGUUCCUGGACUGUUUAUUGAAAAAGGCUGGGUGCAUGACAGCAUUAAUUACAGGUUUAGUCCACCUGAAUCUGAGCAAGAAUAUGAACAAGAUGCUGAAGAAAGUGAAGAUGCAGACAGUAGUGUUGGCUGCCCUGAUGAUUCUACGCAAAGAGAGGGAAAAACGGUAGAGAUGACUGUGCCCAAACAGGGGCAGAACUUAUGGUUUCUCUGUGAUACGCAGAAAGAACUUGAUGAGCUUUUGGAUUCUCUGCAUCUGCAGGGCUUCAGAGAGAGCCAGUUAAAAGAGCGCCUGCAAAACAGGUAUCAGGACAUUAUGCACUCCAUUCAUCUUGCUCGCAAGCAGAACUUGGGGUUAAAGACCUGUGAUGGGCAACAAGAGCUUUUAAAUUUUUUGCGUAGUGAUAUCAUUGAAGUUGCAACUCGCUUGCAGAAGGGAGGCUUGGGAUAUCUAGACGAUACAACAGAGUUUGAAGCAAAGGUGCGCACAUUAGAGAAUCUUAAGGAUUUUGGAGAAUGCAUAGUGUUUCUCCAGGCUGCGGUCAUCAAAAAGUUCUUACAGGGUUUUAUGGCUCCAAAACAGAAAAAGCGAAAGCAUCAGUCAGAGGAGGCAGCAGCAAAAGCAGAAGAGCAAGAUGAAGAGAAGAAAAUGGCAGAAGAAGCAAAAGUUGCAUCAGCUGUUGAGAAAUGGAAAACUGCCAUUCGGGAUGCCCAAACAUUUUCACGCAUGCAUGUUCUACUAGGGAUGUUGGAUGCCUGCAUCAAGUGGGAUAUGUCCUCUGAAAAUGCUCGGUGUAAAGUGUGCCGCAAGAAAGGUGAAGAUGACAAGCUAAUUCUGUGUGAUGAAUGUAAUAAAGCAUUCCAUCUCUUCUGUCUGCGACCAGUAUUAUUUAACAUACCUGAUGGAGAAUGGCUGUGCCCUGCAUGUCAGCCUGCAACUGCUAGACGAAGUUCUCGGGGCAGAAAUUAUGCUGAAGACUCCACUCAAGAUGAAGAGGAGGAGGAGGAAGAAUCAGAGGAGGAGGAAGAGGUGGAAUCGGAGGAGGAGGAGCAAGAAAUGAUGGGACAGAGAUUGAGGUCCCGCAAAGCUGCAAAAGCUAAACCGGGCCGGCCUGCGCGACGUGGGCGUCCACCAAAAAACAGUAAUCAAUCUCGUGUCUCACGACAACGAUAUGUGGAAGACAAUGAAGCUGAUGUCGAGGAAAUGGUGCGUCAAAGCAAACCCACAUCCCGCCGCCAGAACCAAGAGCUUCAGAAGUGUGAAGAGAUUUUGGCAAAGCUCAUAAAGUACCGAUUCAGCUGGCCUUUCAGGGAGCCAGUCAAUACUGAUGAGAUAGAAGACUACAUGAACGUGGUGACAAACCCUAUGGACUUCCAGACCAUGCAGAGCAAAUGUUCAUGCGGUAGUUACCAGACAGUGCAGGAAUUCCUUAACGAUCUGAAACUGGUCUUUGGAAACACAGAGCUGUAUUAUGAGCCUGGAAGUUCUCAGUUGUCCUGCUUGGAGAAGACUGAGCAAUGUGCCCGAGACCUACUUGGCAAACAUCUACCAGCACACACUUAUCAGAGGAGACAUCGUAAGCACCAGGCUCCCGAGCCAGAGCCCGAGACAGCCAACCCUGGUCGGGGGCGCAAACGGAAGAAAUGAAACAAAUCUAAAAAGGGAGAGGGGUUGGGGUAAAGCUUGUGGAAGAAUUAAGGGAGAUGUAGAAAUGGAGAGUUGGGGUGGCAGAACCUGGUGUUUUCCCUCUGGCUGAUACCAUACAUACAUUGACAUUUUUAAUGCAUUGAAAAGAAUUUGUUGCAAAGAUAAAUACAAAUGUGGAGAAGUCAGAUGUGCCACAGCCAAAUCCAUUAAUAUCAUGUUUCUAAAUUAGAUUUCUAUUGCCCACCCACUAAAACUGCUGCUAUUUGGUUUUGUCAUGGAACCCACUCACUUACGAGGAUGCAGUUUUAUAAAUGAUCAUAUCUAUAAGAUAAUAGCUGUGCUUCAUUUUGGCAUCUCUUGUGUAUUUUUUUUUUUUUUUUUUUUUUGUAUAAGACUCCUCAAUCAGUGUCUGCUUGCAUAUUGCCAGUGCUGCACAUACUGCUUUGUUUAGUGAGAGGGUGAUUGCAAGGACAGGGUUUUCUUCAUUGCUAAGGGAACUUUCAGGCAUAUUCCUGAUGUAAGUGGAUUUCUCCGUUACAUAAUUAUCUGAUUAUUAUUAUAUAUGAUUGAUAUAUGAUUAUGAGCUUUCUCGGACUUUGUUGGCAAUAACUGCAUUAUGGGUCCUCGGCACUUAGCUUGUCUGUUAAACAAAUGUCUGUAUUGCGUCUGACUUCUGUAAUAUAUCCUAUAUCUACCCUGUGUAUUUAUAGAUUAAGUCAUCUCCCCCAUAAACGUUCCCCAGGCAAUCAUUGGGAGGCAUCCAAAGGCUGAAUAAAAUAAUGUAUCAUAAAAUUUUAAAAUAAUCACCAGCUCCCUAACUUGGCCUUCCUCCCCAUGUAAAUGCUACCAGCAAAGACAAAUGCCGAAAAGACUAUUUUAGAAAGUGGAUUUUGCUACGUUCUCCUCUCCCAUUGGAUGAGUUAUUCUUCCUCUGCCGACACAGGUAUCCAACCGUCAAACAGGAGAGUCACUUUUUUGUGUAUUUUUUUUGUACUGACUAUUUCCCCUUUUUUUCUAGAUAUUCAAUGUCUGCUUGUGAUCUUGUAUAAAGGGAGCCUUUGUCUGGGUUUGGCACAUGUACAGUACAGUUUAUAUGAAAACAAGUGUUUGCCUUUAUUAAUAUUAAAACCGAAGGAACAUGUGUAAAUCUGUCUGGAGUACACAAUUUUCAUUGUUUAGGUUUUUUUCUAGUAAUUCCUCUUAUUUUUAUAUCUGUUUUAAGCAAUGUGGUUUUUAUAAUUAUGCCUAGUAAAAUUAAACUUUGUGAUCUGUGCAGCAUCACAUUUAUACCGA